UUGGCAGAGAGUGAGCAAAUGAGGAAAGAGGCUGAUGACGUCGGCCCCAAAGCAGAACUUGAUCACUGGAAGAAAAGAAUGGCAAAGUUUAACUCGCUGCUGGAUCAGAUCAAGGGAACAGAAUGUAAAGCAGUUGUUGGAGUUCUCCACGCAGCCAAAUCUAAACUCCUAAAGACUUGGCGAGAUAUUGACAGCAGAAUAACAGAUUACGCCAAUGAAGCCAAAGACAAUGUGAAAUUCCUCUACACACUGGAGAAAUUCUGUGACCCACUUUACAACAGUGAUCCGGUUGGUAUGAUGGACGGGAUUCCUGGACUAAUAAACGCCAUUCGCAUGAUUAACAGCUAUUCAAGAUAUUACAACACGUCUGAAAGGAUGACGGCUUUAUUUGUUAAAGUCACCAAUCAAAUGAUCACCGCGUGCAAAAACUACAUAACGGAGCAUGGGUACAAGACAGUGUGGGAAUAUCAACAGGAGGAACUUAUCGAAAAACUGAAAAACUGUAUUCGAUUAAACGAAGAAUAUCAAAGAUGUUUCCAGAAGACAAAACAGCGACUCGAGCAAAAUUCGGAGGAAAGACAAUUCGAGUUCAGCGAAAUGUACAUUUUUGGCAAAAGUAACACGUUCUCACGGCGACUGCACAAGAUCAUUGAUAUGUUGGACACGAUGAAAGCGUUCUCAUGUCUCGGAGAAUCGAGGAUAGAAGGCAUGGAACAACUUUGGAACAAAUUUGUUUUAAUUGUCACCACCAUGAAGAAGAAACCAUACGACUUGCUGGAUUAUCGGAAGAUGGACUUUGAUGCCGAUUUUGAGGAGUUCAAAAGACAAAUUAACGAUCUGCAGGUUCAACUGCAGAUUUUCAUGGACAACUCCUUUGAUCGGAUUCCUUCGACCCAACGUGCCUUGAGACUGAUAAGGAAAUUUGAGAGACUUUCCCUGGACAGCUUAAAAGACACGAUUCAGGAGAAAUACGAGCGAAUCCUGAUGUAUUAUGGCCGCGACAUUGACACCAUACAGAAGAUUUACCAGAGACACCGCAACGAUCCACCGGUGGCCUGGGAUCUACCGCCAAUAGCAGGCAAGAUAGCCUGGGCUCGACAAAUGUACAGAAGGAUUCAAGAACCGAUGGAAAUGUUUCAAAAGUAUCCCACAAUUCUGCAGACGCCUGAGGCUAAGAAGACCAUUAAGAGCUAUAACAAACUUGCUAAAGUGUUGUUAGAAUUUGAGGUGUUAUACCAUCAGGCAUGGAUGAAGCAGGUCGAAGUGGCAAAGUCUGGUCUCCAAGCCUCCCUCCUCGUACGCCACCCUGAAACAAAAGAACUCUUCGUGAACUUUGAUCCUCAAAUUCUAACCCUCAUCCGGGAAUCCGAGUGUAUGAUGCGCUUGGGCUUGGACAUUCCAUUUGGUGCCCAGACCCUGCUCCAAAAGAGACAAACGAUUAAAAAGAACUACAACAGAUUACAGCUGCUGUUAUCAGAGAGUGUUCGGGUUCUUGGAAGGAUACCUCCAGCAUUCAAACCCCUUAUGUCGCCUCAUCUGGCCAAAGUAGAUGCAGCAAUCGAGCCCGGGUUAACCAUGCUCAACUGGACAUCUCUCAGUCUGGAUGUUUAUAUGGACAGUGUUUAUGAUGCUCUAAAGGGACUAGAGCUGCUGAUCGAUCGAGCCAAUGAUUUGGUUAAGUUCAGAAUAGAAGCUGUUUUGCAAGAGAUGAGUAACACGCUACUUUGUGAGUUACCGAGCGAUGCUCCUUGGACUGUAGAAAGGUUUCUAAAAAAUACCGAGGAUCUUUGCAAGCGAGGUUCUGAAUUACUGGAAUCAAAAAGCGCGCGAGUAGAAGAAGCUGCGAAUGAAUUGAUCUCAAUGCUGCUAGAACUUGAAGAGGAAGACCAAGAUGAUGAACUUGACAGCGACGAGGACCUAGGGAAUGAAGACUUAACAAAAGACAAGGACGAUGGGGAACAAGACAAAAUUGUGCCCAGAGGGGAGAGUGCACGCAGUCGCCCCCGGACGGGUGGUAGUCGACCAGACAGUCGAUCUGCCAGUAGUCGAUUGGGAAGUGCGGUUAUUAGCCCAGCAGCUGCAGCAGCGAAGCGCAAGCGCGAGAUACGGGAUCAGCUAAAUAUGGAAGCUCAAGAAUUGUUGAUGCAUUUUAUUCAUAAGAACAUUGACGCCAUUGUGCGCGUUACAAGAACAACUUUAGAUGGUAUGCGCAAACGUGUGCAAGCUGCUCUAUCACAUCAUUAUCUUGAGAAUAGCAGCUCGGUAGGACAAGGGAAGGAUUCUGGACCUGAUCUGUCGCCGCUCUUCUCGGCGAAUGUGACUUUGCAGAUUCCGAACAUAACCAUGCAGCCAGCUUUGGACGAGAUCCAACAAGGGCUAAACAAAGCCGCCCAGUAUGUUGUAUCUGUGUCAAAAGGUGUCUCGCAGUGGUGCAAGACUUGCAAAGCACUUAUUAAAGUGGAAAAGAAAGACAAAGACGAUUCUGAUAACGAGGCUCGAAGUCGCUCGGCGAGCAAUGUGGGCAGUGACGACGAGAGCCGAUCCGACGUCGCGCACUCCCGACGGGUUACGAGAAUGCCUACCGAUAGUGAUGCUGGUACCGUUGUUAGCAUGGCAAUAUUCCCUCAGAAAGCCAAUUACUUCAAAAAUGUCGCUGAAAACAAAGAAAUUGCUAAACUUGUGUCGUUCCUGUCCACAGCGAUUAAUUCUCAGAAAAAGGAUGUAACUACAGCCUUGGAUUUUUUCAGCAAGUAUGAGUCAAUUUGGAAGGAAGAACGAGAAGAGGACAUUGCUAAGUUUUUGGAGACUGACCCCAAGUUGUCGGAGUUUGAAGCUCAGAUUUUGAGGUACAAAGCCCUGGAAGACACCAUCAUGCGAGAACCUGAGUCUUAUAAGGCUGGAGCCGUAUCGCUGUUCACAGAACACCUCAAAACAGCAAUUUGCGCGGAAACGAGGGCUUGGUGCGUGGCCUUUGGCCGAAACUGUAACGUCAGGUAUCGGACCGAAAUGGAGGAAAUAUUAACCUUCAUUGAGGAUAUUACGAAGCGUCUCAGUCGACCAAUCAAAGACCUUGACGACAUACGGCAUGCCAUGGCCGCACUAAAGGAGAUCCGAGAUAGGGAGAUUAUGAUUGACAUGUCCAUUGGGCCCAUCGAGGAAUCGUACGCAAUGUUGAAUCGUUACGAGUUAUUGGUCGCCAAAGAAGAGUCAGAGAGAGUCGACACGCUUCGCUAUUCAUGGCAGAAGCUUCAGUCUCUAGCGACGGAGUCUCAAGGACACCUCAUUCAAAUCCAGCCUAACUUCAAGGGAGACCUUAUCGACAAAGUGCAGAUUUUCAUCGAGGAUGUCACUUCAUUUUCAUCAGAUUACCAAACGACUGGCCCAAUGGUUCCAAAUGUCCCUCCUCGUGAGGCUAGUGACAGACUGAUCAUCUUUCAGAAUCGAUUUGACGCGCUAUGGCGUAAAUACAUCACAUACUCCGGAGGAGAAGAGCUGUUUGGGCUCGCUGUGACAGAGUACCCAGACCUGAUGCAGAUCCGCCGAGAACUGAAUCUUUUGCAAAAGCUCUACGGCUUGUAUAAUGACGUCAUUGACACUGUGAAUGGAUAUUAUGAUAUCCUGUGGGUUGACGUCAAUAUAGAAAAAAUUAACGUGGAACUUCAAGACUUUCAGACACGAUGCCGUAAGCUCCCUCGGGCUUUGAAAGACUGGCAGGCCUUCCAGGAUUUGAAGCAAACCAUCGAUGACUUCAAUGAAAGCUGUCCAUUACUGGAACUGAUGGCGAACAAAGCCAUGAAACAGAGGCACUGGGACAGAAUAGCUGGACUAACAGGACAUACAUUUGACAUGGAGUCAGAAACAUUCUCACUGAGAAACAUCAUGGAGGCACCUCUGCUGAAACACAAAGAGGAUAUUGAGGAUGUUUGCAUCGCUGCCGUCAAAGAGAAAGAUAUAGAAGCUAAGCUUAAGUCAGUUGUUGCCGAUUGGAGUACAAGGGAGCUGACUUUCGCAAAUUUCAAGAAUCGUGGCGAACUGUUAUUGCGAGGUGACAACACAUCGGAGAUUGUUGCGCUGAUGGAGGACAGUCUCAUGGUGUUGGGCUCUUUGAUGAGUAACAGGUACAACGCUCCCUUCAAGAAGAAUAUCCAGAGCUGGGUACAGAAACUUUCUAACACAACGGACAUCAUAGAAAACUGGCUAACGGUCCAAAACUUGUGGAUUUAUCUCGAGGCUGUUUUUGUUGGUGGAGAUAUUGCAAAACAGCUACCGAAGGAAGCCAAGAGGUUUCAGAACAUCGACAAACAGUGGGUGAAGAUCAUGACUCGUGCACAUGAGAAUGCCAAUGUAGUGCAGUGCUGUGUAGGGGACGAGACCCUGGGGCAACUGUUACCACAUCUCCUGGAACAACUGGAACUUUGUCAGAAGUCACUCAGUGGGUAUUUGGAGAAGAAGCGUCUCGUCUUUCCAAGGUUUUUCUUCGUUUCCGAUCCUGUCCUGUUGGAAAUCCUUGGUCAAGCAAGUGAUUCUCAUACUAUUCAGGCUCACUUGUUAAACGUGUUCGAUAACACGAAGAAUGUUAAGUUCCAUGAGAAGGAUUAUGAUCGUAUUCUGGCCGUUAUCUCCUCCGAGGGAGAAACAAUAGAGCUUGAGAAACCUGUUAUGGCUCAAGGAAAUGUUGAAGUUUGGUUGGGCACAUUGUUAGAAAUGUCUCGCAAGUCGGUUCAUCACGUGAUCCGGACAGCGCACACUGCUGUACAAGAUCAGGGUUUUAAUCUUCUGGAGUUUCUCAAUACAUUCCCAGCUCAGGUGGGCUUGCUAGGGAUUCAAAUGAUUUGGACCCGAGACUCAACUGAUGCUCUAACAAACGCUAAGUACGACAAGAAGGUGAUGCAACAAACCAACACAGCGUUCUUGGAAUUGUUGAACGUGCUCAUCGAGCAGACCACAAAGGAACUCACCAAAGUAGUGAGAACAAAGUUCGAGACACUGAUUACCAUUCAUGUCCAUCAAAGAGACAUCUUCGACGAUUUGUGUCGUAUGCAUAUCAAGUCUCCAACAGACUUUGAAUGGCUGAAACAAAUUCGAUUUUACUUCAAAGAUGAUACCGAUAAAUGUUUCGUCUCCAUCACUGAUGUUGACUUCUUGUACCAGAACGAAUUCAUUGGCUGUACAGAAAGACUUGUUAUUACACCGCUGACUGAUCGCUGUUACAUUACCCUUGCUCAAGCUCUUGCUAUGUCGAUGGGUGGCGCACCGGCUGGACCGGCUGGUACUGGAAAAACAGAAACCACCAAAGACAUGGGUAAAGCUCUCGGAAAGUAUGUAGUUGUAUUCAAUUGCUCGGAUCAGAUGGACUACAGAGGUCUGGGGAGAAUUUUCAAAGGACUGGCCCAAUCAGGCAGCUGGGGUUGUUUCGACGAGUUCAACCGUAUUGACCUCCCUGUUUUAUCAGUGGCUGCACAACAGAUCUACAUCGUGCUGAUGUGUAAGAAAGAGAGAAAGAAGCAGUUCAUAUUCUCUGACGGUGAUGUGGUCGAUAUGAACCCAGAAUUCGGAAUCUUCUUGACCAUGAACCCUGGCUACGCUGGGAGGCAGGAACUCCCUGAGAACCUGAAAAUCCAGUUCCGUACAGUAGCCAUGAUGGUGCCGGACCGACAGAUCAUCAUUCGUGUGAAACUCGCUAGCUGUGGUUUCAUCGACAAUGUAACACUAGCCAGGAAAUUUUUCACUUUGUACAAACUGUGCGAAGAACAACUUUCUAAACAGGUUCACUAUGACUUUGGCUUGAGGAACAUUUUGUCUGUUUUGAGAACCCUUGGCGCAGCAAAGCGGUUGAGUGUUGGAGACAGCGAAAACACGAUUGUGAUGAGGGUGCUGAGGGAUAUGAACCUAUCUAAACUGAUUGACGAGGACGAGCCACUUUUUCUGAGUCUCAUAAACGAUCUAUUCCCUGGCAUCGUGUUAGACAAGGCUGGGUACCCAGAGUUAGAACAAGCCAUUGCUAAUCAAGUGGAAGAAGCUGGACUCAUCAACCAUCCAUCUUGGAGACUUAAACUAAUCCAGUUAUUCGAGACACAGCGGGUGCGUCACGGUAUGAUGGUCCUGGGACCGAGUGGAGCGGGGAAAACUGCUUGCAUUCACCUGUUGAUGAAAGCGAUGACUGACACUGGCACGCCCCACAGAGAAAUGAGAAUGAACCCCAAAGCCAUUACAGCUCCUCAGAUGUUUGGGCGGCUGGAUGUUGCCACAAAUGACUGGACGGAUGGAAUAUUCUCCACCUUGUGGAGAAAGACUCUUCGAGCUAAGAAAGGCGAACGAAUUUGGAUUGUGUUAGACGGACCAGUGGACGCCAUCUGGAUUGAGAACCUAAACAGCGUACUGGACGAUAACAAGACUCUGACCCUUGCAAAUGGCGAUCGCAUUCCCAUGUCACCUCAGUGCAAGAUUAUUUUUGAGCCUCACAAUAUUGACAACGCAUCACCAGCUACUGUGUCACGCAACGGUAUGGUGUACAUGAGCUCAUCUGGACUGGACUGGAGACCUGUGCUUCAGGCAUGGCUUAAUAAACGACCAGAACCAGAAGCGGAAGUCCUAAAGGCGUUGUUUCACAAAUCAUUUGACGAGAUCCUCCGCUAUGUGCAAGAAAAUUGCGCCUUCAAGAUGGAUAUUUUGGAACACAAUUACAUUGUACAGGCCAUUACACUACUCGAGGGGCUUAUUCCCAGGAAAGAGGAUGGUUCGAAUGUGUCUGCUUCUCAUCUGGAGCGGUUGUACAUCUUCUGUGUCAUGUGGAGUGUGGGAGCCCUGUUGGAGCUGGAUGAUCGGGCGAAGAUGGAAGAAUUCGCCAGAACAAACUUUGAACUUGACUUACCUCUUAUUGCCGAAGGAUCACAGGACACAAUGUUUGAGUUUCUUGUGAACGAAGGAGGUGAGUGGGAACACUGGAACACACGAGUGGAGGAGUACAUUUACCCAAAGGAUCAUAACCCUGACUUCUUGUCUAUUCUUGUUCCAAACGUGGAUAAUGUGCGAACAGACUACCUCAUUCAGGUGGUGUCCAACCAGGGAAAGGCGGCCUUGUUAAUUGGAGAACAAGGUACAGCUAAGACUGUCAUGAUUAAAGGCAACAUGGGAAAACAUGAUCCUGAGAGGCAUUUAAGCAAAAGCUUUAACUUCUCCUCGGCCUCUACUCCUUUGAUGUUCCAAAGAACAAUCGAGAGCUACGUUGACAAGAGAAUGGGAAAUACAUACGGACCCCCAGCUGGCAAGAAGAUGACUGUGUUCAUUGACGAUGUUAAUAUGCCGAUUAUCAACGAAUGGGGUGAUCAGGUAACAAAUGAAAUAGUUCGUCAAGUGAUGGAGAACAAAGGUUUCUAUAACCUGGAGAAGCCCGGUGACUUCACGAACUUGGCGGACAUUCAGUUCCUGGCUGCCAUGAUUCACCCAGGAGGAGGGCGAAAUGACAUCCCACAGAGACUCAAAAGGCAGUUCAGCGUGUUCAAUUGUACUCUACCGAGUAACAGCUCCAUCGACAAGAUAUUUGGUGUGAUCGGAGCCGGUCAUUUUUGUUCAGAGCGUGGUUUUCCCAGUAUCGUGCAAGAGUUAGCGAGGAACCUUGUGCCUUGUACCCGCAGGCUAUGGCAACUUACCAAGAUUAAAAUGCUUCCUACGCCAGCCAAGUUUCACUACAUCUUUAACUUGCGAGACUUGUCCAGAAUUUGGCAGGGUAUCCUUUACUGCGUCUCCGAAGUAAUAUCGACGCAGGAGGCCUUAAUGGCCUUAUGGAAGCACGAAUGCAUCCGAGUAGUUUCCGACCGUUUCACAAAUCCGUCCGACAAAGACUGGUUCGAGAAGACGAUGAAACGAGUCAUUGGCGAAGAAUUGGGAGAAGACCUGCAGGCCAUGAUUGAAAAUAUGCCGUAUCUUGUGGACUUUUUAAGGGAUGCACCAGAAGCUACAGGAGACGAACCUGAGGACGCCGAUUUCGAAACUCCAAAGGUCUAUGAACUGAUCCCAUCGUUUGAAGGUCUUGAAGAAAGACUCAAGUUUUACCUGGAGCAGUACAAUGAGGGCAUCAGAGGGGCAGGCAUGGAUUUGGUGUUCUUCAGAGACGCCAUGAUUCAUCUCAUGAGGGUGUCCCGCAUUAUUCGCACUCCGCGGGGAAACGCCCUUCUUGUGGGUGUUGGAGGUUCAGGAAAACAAAGCUUGACGCGUCUGGCAUCAUUCAUCGCCGGUUACAAGACAUUCCAGAUUACUUUAACAAGGUCUUACAGUUCCACGAAUCUAAUGGAGGACUUAAAAUAUCUGUACAGAGUGGCAGGAAUGCAGGGCCAAGGAAUAACAUUUAUCUUCACUGACCAGGAAAUCAAGGAAGAGGGCUUCCUCGAGUACCUCAAUAACUUAUUGUCCUCGGGAGAGAUCUCAAAUCUGUUCGCUCGGGAUGAAAUUGACGAAAUCUGCAGCGAACUGAUUCCCGUGAUGAAGAAAGAGUUUCCAAGACGACCACCCACUGGAGAAAAUCUUUACGACUACUUUUUGACGCGUGCAAAGCAUAAUUUACAUGUGGUGUUGUGCUUCUCACCAGUUGGGGAAAAAUUCCGAAACAGGUCCCUGAAAUUUCCAGGUCUUAUCAGUGGCUGCACAAUGGACUGGUUCAGCCGCUGGCCGAAAGAUGCGUUGAUUGCGGUGGCAGACCACUUUCUAUCCAACUUUGAAAUUGUGUGCGAAAAGGAGGUCAAAAUGCAGGUGGUGCAGGCCAUGGGAAUAUUCCACGACGGUGUCGCCAUAAGCUGCACAGAGUACUUCCAAAGAUAUCGUCGAGCGACACACGUCACCCCAAAAUCGUAUCUGUCUUUCAUAAACGGGUACAAGUCGAUCUACAGCGAGAAACGGGAAGAGAUUGGCGAAUUGGCACGAAGGAUGAAUACAGGUUUAGAUAAACUCAUGGAAGCUAGUGAAUCAGUGGCUCAGCUGUCCAAAGAGUUGGCUGUGAAGGAAAAAGAACUCGCUGUGGCGUCCGAGAAGGCUGACUUGGUGUUGAAAGAGGUUACAGUCAAAGCACAAGCAGCGGAGAAAGUCAAAGCUCAAGUCCAGAAAGUCAAAGACAAAGCACAAGCUAUCGUUGACGAUAUCGCGGCUGACAAAGCAGUCGCUGAAGAAAAACUAGAAGCUGCCAAACCAGCGUUGGAAGAGGCAGAGGCUGCCUUACAGACCAUCAAGGCCAGCCAUAUCGCCACGGUCCGCAAGCUUCCUAAACCGCCCCAUUUGAUCAUGCGCAUUAUGGACUCCGUUUUGAUCUUGUUUCGAAAGAGAAUUGAUCCUGUGGUGUUUGACUCCGAGAGAAACUGUGUGAAGCCAUCAUGGUCCGAGUCACUGAAGACAAUGAGUCAGUCAAACUUCCUGCAAUCGCUACAAGCGUUUCCGAAGGACACAAUCAACGAUGAAAUGGUCGAACUCCUAGCUCCUUAUUUGGAAAUGGAAGAUUAUAAUAUGGAAACCGCUAAACGGGUUUGCGGGGAUGUAGCUGGUCUUUGCUCUUGGACGAAUGCCAUGUCAACUUUCUUUGGAAUCAAUAAAGAAGUGCUACCACUUAAGGCAAACUUAACAAUCCAAGAGGCCAAAUUGAGCGUGGCCCAAAACGACCUAAAUGUGGCACAGGCGCAGCUGGACGAGAAACAGGCUGAGCUGGAUGAAGUGCAGGCUUUGUAUGACAAGGCAGUACAAGAAAAACAGGAUCUUUUGGAUGACGCAGAGACUUGCCGACGGAAGAUGUUGGCCGCUUCCACUCUCAUUGGGGGAUUAGGAGGAGAGAAGGAAAGAUGGACUGAACAGAGCAAAGAAUUUGCUGCUCAGAUUGGAAGACUGGUUGGCGAUGUGUUGCUUUGUACCGGAUUUCUUUCCUACUCUGGUCCCUUUAACCAAGAGUUCCGUGACAUGUUGAUGAGGAAUUGGCAGAAGGACAUGAAGUCACGCAAGAUCCCCUUCACCGCCAAUCUGAAUGUCACGGCCAUGCUGGUUGAUGCAGCCACGGUAGGAGAAUGGAACCUUCAAGGUUUACCAAACGACGAACUCUCGGUGCAAAAUGGUAUUAUCGUUACCAAGGCAACGCGUUUCCCUCUGCUGAUAGAUCCGCAAGGUCAAGGAAAAACUUGGAUUAAAAACAGGGAAAAAGAUAGUCAGUUACAGUUGACCUCACUGAAUCACAAGUAUUUCCGAAAUCAUCUCGAGGACAGCUUGUCGCUUGGAAGACCAAUGCUCAUCGAGGACGUGGGCGAAGAAUUGGACCCAGCUUUGGACAACGUGUUGGAGAAGAAUUUUAUCAAGAGUGGAAGCACACUAAAAGUGAAAGUUGGGGACAAAGAGAUUGAUGUCAUGAAGGGGUUUAUGUUAUACAUCACGACGAAACUCUCUAAUCCUGCGUACACACCUGAGAUAAGUGCUCGGACAUCCAUCAUUGACUUCACUGUAACUAUGAAGGGCUUGGAAGAUCAGCUGCUUGGUCGCGUCAUCCUGACUGAGAAAGCGGAACUGGAAGCUGAGCGAACGAAACUCAUGGAGGACGUGGCUUCUAACAAAAGGAAGAUGAAAGAAUUGGAAGAUAAUUUGCUCUACAGACUUACAAGUACUCAGGGUUCCCUUGUGGAUGACGAAUCACUGAUUGAGGUCCUCAGCACUACAAAGGCCACAGCAGAAGAAGUCAGUCAAAAGCUUGUUGUUGCCGCUGACACAGAGAGCAAGAUCAACGGCGCAAGAGAAGAGUUUAGGCUUGUGGCCACCCGUGGCAGUAUCCUAUACUUCUUGAUUGUCGAAAUGAGUAUGGUGAAUUGUAUGUACCAGACCUCACUCAAGCAAUUUUUGGGAUUGUUCGACAACGCCAUGGCGAGGUCUCAACCAUCCCCCAUUACCGCCAAGAGGAUACACAACAUCAUAGAUUACUUGACGUACGAAGUGUGGAGGUACUCGUGCCGUGGUCUGUUUGAGAAUCACAAGUUUCUGUUUACGCUUCUCCUUGCCCUCAAGAUUGAUCUACAGAAUAAGAAGGUAAAACACAGCGAGUUCAUGACACUUAUCAAAGGUGGAGCUUCUUUAGACCUGAAAGCUGUCCAGCCAAAGCCUUGUAGAUGGAUUACAGAUAUGACCUGGUUGAACUUGGUGGAACUUAGUAAACUGCCGCAAUUCUCAGACAUACUGAAUCAGAUCGCUCGUAACGAAAAACAGUGGAAAAACUGGUUUGACAAGGAUGCACCUGAAGAAGCGGACAUUCCUGAUGGAUAUGCAAACUCGUUGGACACGUUUAGAAAACUCCUGCUUAUCAGAUCUUGGUGUCCCGACCGAACCAUGGCGCAGGCGCGGAAGUUCAUCGCUGAGUCUAUGGGACCCAACUACGCUGAGAACGUUAUCCUCGAUUUGGAGAAGACUUGGGAAGAGAGUGAUAACAAAACACCGCUGAUUAACUUUCUGUCCAUGGGCUCAGAUCCGACAAGCCAGAUUGAAAACCUUGCCAAGAGACACAAGUUCGAUUGCCGAGCCAUUUCCAUGGGACAAGGACAAGAAAUUCACGCUAGGAAACUAGUCGGACAGUUCAUGCAAACGGGCGGAUGGGCUCUUCUUCAGAACUGUCACCUUGGUUUGGAGUUCCUGGAUGAGCUCAUGGAUACCGUUGUAGACACUGAGCAGGUUCACGACGGGUUCAGAUUGUGGAUGACCACAGAGGAACAUGUUCACUUUCCCAUUGGCCUCCUGCAGAUGUCAAUAAAAUUCACCAAUGAGCCUCCCCAGGGACUUCGAGCUGGACUCAAACGAACCUAUAAUGGAAUCAGUCAAGACCAACUGGAUGUCAGUAACCUUCUUCAGUGGAAACCGAUGUUGUAUGGUGUGGCUUUUCUCCAUUCAACCGUUCAGGAGCGCCGAAAGUACGGGCCUUUAGGAUGGAAUAUACCAUACGAAUUUAACCAAGCAGACUUUACGGCCAGUGUGCAGUUUGUUCAAAAUCAUCUGGACGACAUGGACAUCAAAAAGGGCGUGUCUUGGAACACAGUGCGGUACAUGUUGGGAGAGGUGCAGUAUGGAGGAAGAGUUACAGAUGACUUCGACAAACGACUGCUGAACACCUUUGCCAAGGUUUGGUUUAGUGAAUCGAUGUUUCAGCAAAGCUUCAACUUCUACAAAGGUUACACCAUUCCAAAGUGUACUUCAGUACCGCAGUAUAUGGACUACAUUGACACUCUUCCCCUUGUGGACUCCCCUGAGGUGUUUGGUCUUCAUCCAAACGCAGACAUCACUUACCAGAGUAACCUGGCCAAAUCUUGCCUGGACACUAUUCUCAGCAUUCAACCGAAAGAUAGCUCUGGUGGCGGAGGAGAAACCCGCGAGGCUGUUGUCCAGCGGUUGGCUGAUGACAUGCUUGAUAAGCUACCUGAAAACUACAUUGCGCAUGAGGUCAAAUCUAGACUACAGAAAAUGGGCGCUCUUUCUCCGAUGAAUAUUUUCUUGAGGCAAGAAAUUGACCGAAUGCAAAGGGUUAUAACCGCUGUACGGCAGACACUGACGGACCUUAAACUUGCCAUCGAUGGAACUAUUAUUAUGAGCGAGACUCUCAGAGAUUCGCUUGAUUGUAUGUACGAUGCCCGAAUUCCUACUCACUGGAAAAAGAUAUCAUGGGAAUCCUCCACGCUCGGAUUUUGGUACACAGAACUGUUGGAAAGAAAUAACCAGUUUAGAAGCUGGUGUUUUGAAGGAAGACCCAAUGUGUUUUGGAUGACAGGAUUCUUUAACCCACAAGGAUUCCUAACCGCCAUGAGACAGGAAGUGACGCGCGCGCACAAGGGAUGGGCCUUGGACUGUGUGGUUCUCCACAAUGACGUCACACGGUUUUUUAAGGAUGACAUCGCUCAGCCGCCAGCAGAAGGGGUAUAUGUGCACGGGCUUUACCUUGAUGGUGCUGGGUGGGACCGGAGAGGCUGUAAACUGGUGGAACCCACGCAGAAGGUCCUUUUUACGUCUAUGCCAGUCAUUCACAUCUAUGCAAUCAAUAUAACAGCUGGACGUGAUGCCCGGAUGUACCAGUGUCCGAUAUACAAGAAGCCCAAGAGAACAGAUUUGACGUACAUUGCAAGCGUGGACUUAAAAACCAAUCAGAAUCCAGAUCACUGGAUUUUACGCGGUGUGGCUUUAUUGUGCGACAUCAAGUAAAAGUUGGUUUAUCCGCAAUUCCAUGUGGUAGACGAUGACUUUUGUGUUACUAAACGUACAUUAGUUGUAGAAACUAUCCUCUGAUGUAAUUAACUGUGUGACAUCACACUGUGUGCCGUGUCAUACAACACAACAAUCCCUUUCAGAACACCACUAUAUUAUAUUCAAAGAUUUUCAUAGAGUAUAUAGUUUUUCAAAUUUUAUUUAUUGACUCAACUUUUUAUCUUAUGCACAAAGAUUCAAUAUGAUAACAUGUUUUAAUCACAUCCUACUGUUGACCUACAUUUGAACCAAUUAUUAUUUUAAGUCUCGAUUAAUGAAUUUUCCUCUUCUACCAAAAGGUAAACACUAUCAAGUAGCGAAUGUCGCGAUUCAUAACUAAACUUCCUAAAAUCUAAGUAAUUUCUUUGAGAGGGGAAAAUCUUGUAGAAUAAACGUGAUUUCUUCAGUUACGUUUGAUACUUGUUUUGUAAAACCUUGCGUGAAUAAAACACCGUAUAGCUUGUUGUUUA